AUGAAGUCUGUUUACCUUGUUUUCCUGUUGGCCCUGCUGAUUGUGACAGUGACAUCUCGCCGUGUUAUGUCACGUAAUUUCCGUUCGCGUGACUUUUUAAGAAGUCGUAUCCAUAAUGGUAAGUGGAUCUGAGAAGUGGGCUAACCUUAACUGUAUCAAGAGGUACGGGGGAUGCGAGGUUGGUGGGGACACCCACUCCCUUAUAGUUUUUACAGGCUUAUUUCAAAACGCUUUUAGACAUAGCCCUCUUUUUAGCUGCUACAAUUUCAGGGACAAUAAGCCCCUUCUAUGGUUUUUCAAUUUUUUACAUCCCAUUUGGCAAAAUCGACCGACACCGUUGUAAAGAGGAGUCUAAAAUUAGUAAAGUUGCCGAUUUCGAGAGCAAUUUCUUAAAUUGCUUGACGAAGACGAAUACAGCUCCGCAAAGUCGCGAAAUCUUACAGACGUUUGUAGCCCCCACCCCCACCAUACGACCAUUCCGCGCCUUUGCGAAGGUAUAUCUUGUAGUACUGUCAAGCUUGCAAAGUUCACUAAUUUGAAAACGGUUAUUCUAGCAGUAACAGUAGAUAUUCCCCAACUUGUCCCAAUCAAAACUCUAAAACCGUGGAAGGUUCUAUUUGGUAAACUUCGGGGGACAGUUGGUUGAUAUGGUUACGAGACGUAUGUCAGAAUUAUAUGAGCUAGGGCCAUUUUCUUUGGCAAAUUAAUAAUGCGGGUGUUUUUUGACUGCUCUCUAACGUGUUGCCUUAAAAUCGUGUAAAACAGUGCCAAAAGCAAUAAAAAAGUGAAAAAAAAACUGAAUGCAGGGCUGGCACUACGGCAAAGGGCUCAACUGUUUCAAAAAUUUCAAAACUGCAUCUGCAAGUAUAUGCAACGCUAAUUAUCAGGCACAAAACUCAGUUUAUUUGUACACCUUAAGCUAGAUGGCAGCCAUUUUGAAUGACGUCACAUAUCCCCGGCAUCACCGUAUUUCAAUUAUUCUUUUGUCUUCAUGGUAAUAUCCCCUUAUUACUUUGUUUCAAGGUUUAAGUUCUUUGAUGGGGCUACUAGGAUAUUGGUGUUUUAGGUCAAUUCGGUGCUGAAAUCAACACUUAUUGCAUCCAUCCAUGCACAAAAUGCUCCUGUGGAAAUAUGAAGAAGAUAUUAUUAUAAACAAAUUUCAUAAAGGAGAUCUGACCAUAUUAGAGAGCUUCACGUAUACGGCAAACGGCAAACGUUAGCCUGAGUAAACAGCCGACAGCCACUAGUUUCCCCACCAAAUGACGUCUGAGAAACGAGCACAGAAAUUCCAUACUGAUGACGCGUCACUACUAGUGCAUCUGAUUGGUUUAAUCAAAUUUCCCACGCGGCACUACCAAUCAGGCACUACCCAUCACUUCUGGGUGCAUGGUGAAGCGUCAUCGGAAUGGAAUUUCUGCGCUCCUUUCUCAGACGUCAUUUGGCAGGGAAACCAGUGGUAGCGUCGCCAAAUGUCGGUUAUUUUGUCAGGCUAGGUAAACGUCUCAUUCAAGUUGAAAAUUUUUCAAGAUAGAUAUCUAACUUAUUUGCUUCUCAAUCUAACAUUCAUUCAUAUAAUACAAGAUCAUCUUCAAGAGGUGACUAUUAUGUUAAACACUCAAGGUUAGACAAACAAACUAAGUCUUUUUCAAGAUAUGGUGUAAAAAUCUGGAAUAGUUUACCGUGUGAAAUGCGUCAAAUGUCCAAAAAUAACGUUAAAAUCAAUGUCCACGACACUUUACUCCGAAUACUUUCAGGAGAAAAUGAUUAUAUUGAUUUACCCGACUUAACAACAAAAAUUUCCUGGAAACUCGGCUUCUUAUAUUUGCAAUGUACAUGAUUGUAAACUUAAUUAAAAUGAAUUUAUUCGUUUAUUUAUUUAACAUUUAUUACUCUUUUUCUCUAGACUUUCAUGUGAUCUAUUUGUAUAUAUAUUACCUAUGGGUAACCACUGCUCGCCUCGACUAGCUAAUCUGCUAACUGCGGGCAGUGGAUAUUGCUUUCUGUAAAAUUUGCCAUAAUUAAUAAACAGAUAAACAGUUAAAUGACCAGAUAACAAAAGCUUAAAACAAUUGUUACGGAUAAAAAUUUGCUUGAAACUAUCAAUUUAUUCAGUAAACGACAAUUUUAAAGGAGAACCUUGUCACGUGAUAAAAAUUCGCGUUUGCCGUUUGACGUAUACGUGAAGCAAAAAUUGACUAAUAAUUCAGUUUUUGCUGAUUUUUACAAAAGAAUAAGCACUUGACAAUUCAGCCCAACUUAUUUAAGUUCCAAUACAUUUCCAUGCUUGCUAUCCGUUGUAAUAGAUAGCAGAAAACAGUUUCAAUGCCUGUGAAGAUAGACAAAUGACAAAACUACAUUUUAUUUGGAAUUUGAUUGAUGCCAAACACAUAUUGGCUUUUUAAAAAGAUAGCAAAUGGCAGAUACAAUCAAGGCAAAGAGGGCUUACUAUAGACCUCGUUUACACGGGUCCAGGGACAAAUUUUUGAACGGACGAUUUUCUUGCAGAACCGUGCAAAUUGAAAGUGAAGAAUGAUCAUCGCAGUAAAUUUUCCAAUUGAAGCAAUUGGAAAGAAGAAGCCUGAAAAAAGUCAGGGCUUCAACGGGAUUCGAACCCGUGAUCUCCGCGUUACCAGUGAGUUGCUCUACCAACCAACUGAGCUAUGAGCUCUGAUUUUUUUCAGGCUUCUUCUUUCCAAUUGCUUCAAUCGGAAAAUUUACUGCGAUGAUCAUUCUUCACUUCAUCUACAACAGCAGUUCAAAAAUGAAUUAUUUCAUGUAUACUUCAAAUCACGUGCAAAUUCUGUUAAAACAGUUAGUACUGUUUACAAGAGUUCGUAAAAGGGCGUAACUUGCACAAUGUCGAGUCGAUGUAAAAGUGGAACCGCACCGGUCAAAAGUUUUGACCUACUUUUGAUCAGGUCAAACACUUGCACACCUUUCUGUUCAAUUAUUUGGGCAUGUAGGAUUCCCUGGGUCCUGGUGUAAACGAAAGGCGGGUCCGUGCAAGGUUUUGUCCGUUACGUUCAAAAAAUUUGUCCGCAGGUGCUAUAUCAAGCACUGUGGUUAUUAAAAAAAAAAUUAAAAUAUUUCUCGCAUUAAUUGAAUUCCAAAAAUAAUGGUCCAGUUGGGUUAUUCAAGUAUAUAUUUAGGCACUGAAACUGUUUACUGUCGCCUGUUGAAACGGAUUACAAGGAUAAACGUAGACUGAAACUUGAAAAAAUUGGCCGGACAACUUUUUCAAGUUGCAGUACUAUGCCUGCAAAAUCCCCCAAAAGGUUUACACUUACUUAUGGUAAAUGUUCCGUAACAAAACUUGUUUCAUAUCUUUUUCUCAACUCUACAAAGGUAUUUUGUGCAUGAGUAAUUACUUCAGCACAGAAUUGACCUAUAAACAGCAAUUCCCAAGGGACAAAGCCCCUUUAGGCUCACUAAAAACACUUACUAAUUGAUCGGUUUUGAUUUCCAGUAAGAGAUUCAAAGCGUCUGGAGGAUCCGGCUGGAUUUUUAACAGACUGCGACGACAACUGUUUCCAAAGGUGUUGGAAAGAGUCCGAUCGAAAGAAAGAGAAUCUGGAAGAUUGUAACAAGGCUUGCGGGUGCUAGUCUGAGUUCUCAAAGAGACGUUUAGAACUCUGGUAGGACAACUUGAAAUAAGUGCGACAACAUCAAAUUACUCACUACAGAAAAUUUAAUAAAAUUUGCAAUGGCCUACCAACUGGCAGGUACAAAUUGACUGAAUCGACAGUUGAAUCGAGUCUCUUGAUGUAGUAUAUAAAGACUUGAAUGAGAGUUAAACAGUCGUCUAUUGUUAGUCAAAUUAUUCGUCAAAUUGUCAUUCUCUCGUAGAUCAAGCAAAACUAACUACGAGAGAAUGACAAUUUGACUAACAAUAGACGACUGUUUAAUCGUGACAAUAGACGGAUCGAAACUCACCAAUUACUGAUUACGAGUCCUCAUAGCCAAUAACAUCACGGCUUAACUGACAGACGACCAAUAACAUCGCGACGUAAUUGACCAAUCAGAUCAAUAACCAGAAUAUAAUACCAUCAACUGACGUGAUACAACUCGCUUUGACUUUGAAGAUGACUACCGCACAGGUUACGUUGUCGAAACGUCAGUCACUGUCAACAACAACAUUCCUAUUCAGGACUACGUUCACCCGGACGAUCAAACUCAACCUACUUUUGAAAUGGCCCCUGGGUUCAAACCUUUCACAAUAUUAUAAUCUGCUUUGAACUUUCGAAAAAUGUAAGUACAGAAAAGUCCAAAAGGAGCCAGGUGAAACUGAAAAAGAUUAAUCAAAACAAUUUGCAUGAAAACAGCCGGGCCCGCUUCUCAUAUCAUGUUUGUAUCAACUCUUAUAUCAAAAUGUCAGAGGAAUCAUCUAGUAGACGUCUAGUGUUAUGUAUGUGGCGCUGAUUUCAACGACUAAAAGGCUUUUAUUUCUCUAAUUUCAAUGAACAGAAAAAGGCAUAAUCAUCCAGAAUACUGUAACUUAGCCCCUUAAGGCACUUUUUCAACUUUUGAAUGCAGAGUUGCAUAAACCGCGUAAAUUAACUGAUUGGUUUGUUCUUAACGCUGGAUCCACCUCUAAAGUACUGAUGGUUGAGGUAGUAUAGUCACUUAAAGGGAUGAUUGGCUUGCUUUCAAUAUUUCCGCCAAAAAAUAUGGUUAACAUUACAACAUGAUUAUGACUUACGUAUCAUUUAUAAUACAUCCCGAUAUUAGAUCUAUACUUGUGAAGGUGGCGGGGGGGGGGGGGGGGAAAACACAGCCUAAAUGCGGGAGAGGAAGGCAUGAAGCCUUUUGGGAAUGACGCCAUCCUUCUUCUAAAAACAUCCUUUUUUUUUCUGUUUUUGGUUUUUUUUUGUAACUUCUUCUUCUUUCUCUUCUCGUUUUUNUUCAUAUCUUUUUCUCAACUCUACAAAGGUAUUUUGUGCAUGAGUAAUUACUUCAGCACAGAAUUGACCUAUAAACAGCAAUUCCCAAGGGACAAAGCCCCUUUAGGCUCACUAAAAACACUUACUAAUUGAUCGGUUUUGAUUUCCAGUAAGAGAUUCAAAGCGUCUGGAGGAUCCGGCUGGAUUUUUAACAGACUGCGACGACAACUGUUUCCAAAGGUGUUGGAAAGAGUCCGAUCGAAAGAAAGAGAAUCUGGAAGAUUGUAACAAGGCUUGCGGGUGCUAG